AUGGGCUGGGUGUACAAUCUCGAAAAGCCCGAUCCACACAGUGAUUUUGGCCAAGUUAUUGCCAUAUGUCUAGUGUUCACGAUCGCAGCCCUCCUCGCGGUUGCCCUGCGGUUCUACAUCCGAAUUCACACAAAGAGAUCAUUAUGGCUGGAUGAUUAUGCCGCUCUUUACAGUGCGCUCAUGGUCACCGGAUAUGGUGUGAGUAGUAUAUAUCAGACUCGAUGGGGUCUAGGUCUUCAUGCUGAGUACUUUCCCACGGCCAAUGUGAAGGAAUUCAGUAAGAUCCAAUAUGUUGGCGGUCCGUUAUACGCGAUGUCUUUGCUGGGGUUUAAGGUCUCACUCCUGGCGUCGUACCUUCGUAUCGGUGGAUUUGUGAAGGUGUACCGGACCAUCAUAAUCGUUGCGAUCGUGGCCGUGGCGGUCAAUCAAGUGAUAUUCACCUUCCUCUUUAUCUUCCCGUGCAAACCAGUAUGGAAUCAAGACCACACCUACCAUCUAGGGUUCGACAUCAUCAUCAUCGCCCUCCCUCUCCCCGUCCUCUGGAACCUGCAACUCGGAAAAAGACAAAAGGUCGCUCUCUGCUGCGUAUUCGCCCUCGGCUUCUUCGUAACAAUCAUCCAAAUAAUCCGCAUCUUCACCAUCGCACGACUCAAGACCUAUACGGACAGCAAACCGGUCAUUUUAUGGUCAAUCAUUGAGACCAGUCUAGCCGUAAUAAUAGCCUGUGUCCCAACCUACGGCCCUUACUUCCGCGUCUUCGUCUCAAACAUCAGUUCCUACCGCCGCCGUCCAACCGGACAAGACUACCCCCUCACCUCGGGAAACCGCCAAACACGAGCCUCAAGUCGGAAACUGCCUCUCAGCAGCCUCGGCCGCGACGACGCCAGAUUCGAUAUACCCAGAAGCCCUCGACCAUACGAUAAUAGCACGCCGCACACGACGACGAUAUCAUCGAAAGUGACGGCAGAUAAUGACUCGGAAGAACAUAUCCUGGGAAAUUCGAAUCCGGGCGUGUUUGCCAGUGCCGGGGACCAGGAGAGAGGCAUUCAUAAAGUUAUGGAGGUUACGGUUGAGAGGCAUUAG